AUGGAGCAUGCUGCUUGCCAGUGUUCCUCUAAUUUCUACGUGCGUCAUGCACUUAAAUCUUUUGAUAUUGUAACGCUGAGCGUAGAACGUUUUUUUUUAUUUUGCAUUCUCUUGCGAGGUUUACUUUUCUAUCACGAACUGUCAACUCUGGGAAGCAAACGUGACAUCAGCUACUUUACCGACCACACUGACGACCACAAGCAGCACCACAACGACUUCAAAAACGUCAGGAUCAAAACGCAGCUUCAGCGAUUGAGAGAUGGACGGGAGGCUGUGGACCUGUUAAAGAAGUUGGAUGAUGAGGAUCCUUCGAACAAGUGCAUCAUCCUUAAUAUGGAUGUCUCCAACUGCAGACGUGUCAUCGCAUCCCAGCUGCGAGCCACGUUCGUCAGCAUUGACAGUCGCACCGGCAGCGAACUUUAA